GCUGAGGAGAGCAGCGGGCGGGUCAGGAGAGGCCUGCCGUUCCAUGUGGAUCACCUCCCUGACGGGGAAUCGAACUUAGGCAGUAGAUUAUCAAAUAAAGCAUGAACCCCUCGGUCACCACAAGGUCCCAAAAUCAGAAAAUGUAUUUACAUAAUUCAGGACAUCUGAACAAAGUAAAGCAGGGGAUCAUUUCAGUAGGUGCCAAAGCCGUAUGACCUUCCAUGCUAUGUCUGUAAAGUCCUUCACCUUGGGUCUCCUGCAGAAUCAGCCUCCUGUUCCAGAAGCCAAAAAAUAUAUAUGCCAGACACCAGCUUUUCCUUUCUUUGAUUCAUGUUCAGUGGGGGCACAAUCUAGCAGACCCCACCUAGACCUUCAAUCAGGAGGGGCAGGGGUGUGCGGGAUUCUCUUUGUGGCAAGGAGGUUAUGGAAAUGGAAGCUUCGCCUGACUGGUUCUGCAGCCUGGCUCUGGGCACUGGUCCUGGCGACAGGGUUCCAUACCUGGUUCGCUGGCCCUCACUAAGAAGGCUGUGAAGUGGACGAUGUAAUUUUCUUCCACGUCUUUGUUUUUUAAUUAAGGACUACCCGACAUACAACAUUAUAUAGUUCCAGGUGUACACGGAACUGUAUAUCUUGUGAGAUGAUUGCCACAGUAAGUCUGGUUCACAUCAUUACCAUAUCAGAUUUCUUUUUCUUGUGAUAAGAACUUGAGAUUUACUGUCAGCAACUUUCAAAAGGCAAUACAGCAUUAACUAUGGUCACCAUGUUGUAGCUCAUUUAUGUGAAACAAAUUCCUUUCCAUCCUCAAUUUGCCAGAACAUCUUCUGUUCACAACCAUUACCUGAGCUGAUAGCAACUCAGCAAAAACCAGAGCCUCAGGGCCCCAACACACUCAGGGCUCUAGGCAACUUUCUACUUGCUGCUAUGGCCUCAUUUUCUCCAUAUUUCCAAUGCUUUUUGCAGCUGGCAAAUUACAUAGACAAACAGAAAAAAUGUGUAAAGAGCAAGUCUGUGGCUCAAGUGCCAACCCUUGUCCAGGCACUGGUGAGCGGAAGUUGCUAAAAGGUGCCCCUUCUAGGGGACAGCGGGUGGGGAUAUUUUGUCAUUAUUGACCAAUAGCCACGUGACAGACUUCCUGACACAGACAUCUAACCUAGAUUUGGGAAGUCCUAAAAUGUUUUCCUAAGGAAGAAAUCCUGGGCUGGAAGGUUCCAGAUAAGCAGAAGUUAGGUAGAAAGGGCUAAAAAGUGAAAAAAAAGUUCAGGCACAGGAAAGAGAAUAAUCUAGAGUGAAGGGUGGAUUGUGAAGAAGUGAGGAUGGGCAAGAGUCAGAUCACACGGGACCCUACAGGCUGCGUGCUAGAGACCUUAGACUUCUCUUGAGAGCCCUAAGGAGCCAUGGAUGAGUUUCAGGGAGUAGAAUAUGGGUGAUUUGCACAUCCAAAAGGCCACUCCAGGGGGGAGUGGGGAGAAAGGAAGUUAGAAACUUGGGACCAACUCAGGGCAUUGUGGGUAAGAGCACAAUGGACACGGACACGUAUCCAGAGUAUGCAGAGGACACUGGCCACCUUGUCAGUGGGUCAGGGUGGGGACUGCAGAAACCAGCCUAGAAUGGGGUGAGAAUGCAGAAGUAGUUGAGGUUUAAAUAGGCAACUCUGAGAAUGGCUGUGAAGGGGAAAUGAGAGUAUCAGUUGGAGAAGUUUAUCAAGGCUGGAUGGGGACAGGGGUUAGAGUCCAUUACCAAUGCCCCCCCAGAAGGAAAAUGGGAGAGAGAGGCAAGCCCAAAGGAGGGCUUGGGGGAAAUUUGUGGAAGGAGGUGAUAAGGGCCUGUGUCCUGUUUCUGGGUUACAAGGGUCCCUAUCAGGCUGGUGUUUCCUCCCCAUGCCCACCUCCUUCCUGCCCCAGACAGGGCCCUCCCUAGAGCUGAAGAGAAAAGAACUGAGUCACACUCUGGAAGAAGCCCUGUGCCUGCGGAGGUCUUUCUGCCUGCCUGUAAGCUGAGGUUGGGGCUGGGGGUGGAGGGGGUUCUCAGGGUGGGAUGGGAGCAAGCCAUUGAGGAGCGAACAGUUUAGAUGGGUGUAGAGAGGGUGGGAGGUCAGUUUCUGGCAAGGAUCCUGGAGGCUGCUACAGAGUGGGUGGGCAGUGGGGGGCGGGAGUAGGUUGGGGUCUGGGAAAUAAUGCCAGGGACUGGGGGUGCGGGUGCCCAUUCAAGCCCCCGUGCCCACAGGUCCCCAUGCCUCUCCUCUUUUUGCUGCUCCUGCUGCCAAGCGCUUCACACCCCCACUCCAUCUGCGAGGUCUCCAGAGUGGCCAGUCAGGUGGAAGUGAACUGUGAGAAUCGGGGGUUGAAGGUGCUGCCUCGAGAUCUGCCAGCUGACACAACCAUCCUCCGCCUUGGGGAGAACGCCCUGGGCACCUUCUCCAUGGCUUCCCUGGCACCUCUGACUCGCCUCACUCAGCUGCACCUACGUGAGAGUCAGCUGGCCAGCCUGCAGACUGAUGGGACGUUGCCACUGCUGGAGACCCUGGAUAUAUCGCACAACAAGCUGAAAAGCCUGCCCUCGCUGGGCCAGACAUUGCCGGCACUCACGACCCUGGACGCCUCCUUCAACCAGUUGGCCUCCUUGUCUCCCCAUGCUCUGGAUGGCCUGAGCCAGCUCCACGAGCUCUACCUGAGUGGCAAUAAGCUGAGCACUCUGCCCCCUCGGCUGCUGGCACCCACACCCCAGCUCCGGAAGCUCAAUCUGGCUAGCAACAAGUUGAAGGAGCUGCCCCCUGGGCUUCUGGAUGGGUUGGAUGAACUCGACACGCUCUACCUGCACCAGAACUGGCUGCGCACGAUACCAAAGGGUUUCUUUGGGACACUCUUCCUGCCCUUUGUUUUUCUACACGGCAACCUCUGGUCCUGUAACUGCGAGAUCCUCUAUUUCCGUCGCUGGCUGCAGGACAAUGCCAACAAUGUCUACUUGUGGCAGGAGGGUGUGGAUGUCAAGGCCAUGACCCCCAAUGUGAAAAGUGUGCAGUGUGUGAAUACAGCCAAAGUUCCUGUCUACCAGUACCAAGGGGAGGGCUGCCUCAGCCACGGUGACAGGGAAGACACAAGCUAUGAUGUCUAUUCAGAGGAGGUUCAGGAGCCUAAGAGUGUCGUGAGCAGGUUCUCCGCCAACACAGAAGCCCAUACAACCCACCAGGGACUACUCUACUCAGAAAUAAGCACUGUUCUAGACAGCCGACCGCCUUUCUUGUCACCAACCCAAGAAUCCACUAGGACACACACCACAUUCCCAGUGACCAGAGACCCAGCAUCCCCCACUACCCCGACAACCCCAGUGCCCACUACCCCCACCAUCUCAGCACUCACCACUACCCUGACCACCCCAGCACCCACCACUAUCCCGACCACCCCAGCACCCACCACUAUCCCGACCACCCCAGCGCCCACCACUAUCCCGACCACCCCAGCGCCCACCACUAUCCCGACCACCCCAGCGCCCACCACGCCCACCACUAUCCCGACCACCCCAGCGCCCACCACUAUCCCGACCACCCCAGCGCCCACCACUAUCCCGACCACCCCAGCGCCCACCACUAUUCCGACCACCCCAGCGCCCACCACUACUCCAACCACAACUCCCCCCACUCCACCCGCCACAACACUCCCCACUACCUCCACCACAAUGACCCCCACUACCCCAACAGCGCCCCCUACUACCCUGACCACAACAGUGUCCUUCACUACCCUAACCAGCCCAGAGGCCCCCACUAUCCCGACCACCCCAGAGCCCCCCACUACCCCGACCUAUAUCAACUUCUCCAACGCCCGUGGGAUGAUUCAAGGGAAUUUGGAUAGCUCUAAAAAUGAUCCUUUCCUCCAGCCUGAUUUCUGCUGCCUCCUCCCCCUGGGCUUCUACAUUUUGGGUCUCCUAUGGCUCCUGGUCGCCUCUGUGGUCCUUAUCCUGUUGCUGACCUGGGUCUGGCACAUGAAACCACAGGCCCUGGAUGUUGGUCAGUCUAUCGCUCUGGCCACUACCACGUAUACCACACACUUGGAGCUGCAAAGGGGAAGGCAAGUGACCAUGCCUCGGGCCUGGCUGCUCUUCCUUCAAGGGUCACUUCCCACUUUUCGCUCUAGCCUCUUCCUGUGGAUCCGGCCUAAUGGCCACCUGGGGCCUUUGGUGGGAGGACGGUGGCCCUCAGCCCUCAGUCUAAGUCGUGGUCAGGACCUGCUGGGUACAGUAGGGGUGAGGUACAGUGGCCACAGCCUGUGAGAGUGGUUUGAGAGGCUCUCACAGACUUUCCUACUGGGGUCUAGCUGGGGGUGGAUGGGCAGAGUCAGUCAGGGAGGUCUUACUUUUUCUUUAUCGGAAAUCUCUUCACACCAGAGGCACACAACCUCAGACCCAGAGAAUCAGGAGGGUGGUAAGAUGGAGAAACUGGAUAACUGAGUGGGUCACAGAACAAAGUUCCUAUGUUGCAGGGGGUGGGGCUGGGGCUGGAAGGGCAGUUAUUAUGGUCAAUUUUGGGAUGUUUUAAGAAAUUUUAGCAAAUAAAAACAGAAAAAGCAUGGCUUCUAUAUGUAUCUGUGCAAUAUAUAAUCCCUGACUAUCUGUCAUACAAAUGCAGGUAAUUUUAUUUUCCUCUGCUGAGUUUUCUAGUUUUCCACCAUUACCAUUUGUGUAAUACAUAUUUUUAAAGAUUUAUUUAUUUAUGCAUACAAGAAC